CUCGCGUAUCUCUGUCUUUCAGAAUGUCUGCGAGGCUCUUAGUCUGUCUGAUUGUUUGUGUUGGUGAAUCUACAGGCUCCGGUGGAGCAGUUACUCAAAUUGCUCCAGGGGAUGAUGUUUCUUUAAGCUGCCCCUCCAGCACUGGACAGGAUCGUUGGGAAGGACCUCAAUCCAGCAACACAAUGAGAGUCAAUUUAAACAGGACAGAAUAUCUACUUAUAAAAAACUUUCAAGUUCAGAAUAAGGGAGAGUAUGUCUGCCACAAUAACCAUACAAAAUUUGAACUGAAAGAUGCAUCAUCAAAUGACGAGUCGGUUUUGUUUCGAACCAGUGAGGGAGAUUCACUCUUCCUCUUCUGCAAAAAUCUGCUCUCUACACCCUUAAGGGCUGCCUGGUUCUGGAGACCCCACCAUUCAGAUAAAACUCUCACCCUUGGACUGAACUCUACUCACUUUGGGAAACGGCUCCAUUUCAGAAAUAAGGACAAUGACUUUUCUUUAAACAUCUCAAGUAUAAACUGGGGCGACUCUGGGAGAUACGAAUGUCAACGUUCAUCUCAACACAAGACUUUCUUUGAACUUGUGGUGGUGAGAGUUCAUGCCGACCCUCAGCAGCUAACUGAGGGGGACGACGUCACGUUACAGUGUAAUGUUUCUCAUCACCUGCCGAACACACGACUGUACUGGAUCAACAUGGAAACCCAAGAGAACUUUCCAAACCCACAUCAGCUGAGGAGAGUUACUAUGGGUCAGGGAACCUGGACGUGUGCUGUGUUUAAUGACUCCAAACUAAAAGCACUUUUUCCAUUAACUCUCAACAUUAACCAGCACCUCACCACCACGACGAGAUCAACUCCAGCUCCUCACUAUGACAACAUGGGUCCUGGUCUUCCUCCUAAAGAUUUCACCUUGAUCAGUGUCUGCACUGUGUUCUCCUUCCUCCUCCUAGUCCUGAUUGGUGCUGUAUGCUGGAGAAAAAAGGCUAAAAAGAGGAUGGAGUCAUUUACAAGUGUGAAUGACAGCAUUACAUAUGCAGCAGUGAACGUCAGGCAGAAAUCAGAAACUCCUGCAGUUGCAUUUGCUGAGUUCUCAUCAAUUUCUAAUUCUGGCCUUGUCGAGGAAAAUGAAAUCAUCUAUUCAUCUGUUAAAUUAGGGUAAACUUUAAAUUAAUUACACCAGUGUUUUUCUUUCUUUCUUUCUUUCUUUUCUUUAAGCCCUGUCAGUGAUUUCAGACAGGCACAGUGACCAACAUUGCCUGUUCUAGAAAAGUAAAACAAGAAGUUGGGAAACUGUGGUUUAUUAAUGCAAAAAUGAAAAAAAAAAAUGUCAGAGCCAACGAUGUCUUCUUUCUGUGCGCAUUAAUAAACCAGGGAAGUCUCCACUAUUUUAGACCAAAACAAAGUAUAAUUGCUAUAUUGGAAAAUUAAAUAUAUAAUGCAUUUGAACACUAACAGAUUUACAAGUACCUGCUGGUGACUCUAAUUAUUUGUAUGCGGUGCAAAUGAAUGCAUUCUAGUUUCUGUUCUUUCAGAAAGGUUUGUCUUAUAUAAACAGCUACAGCUUAUCCAAAACACAGCAGCUCAAAUGAUCACUAAGACAAAGUAAACUGAAUAUAUUACUGCAGCAUUAAGAUCCCACACUGGCUCUCAGUUACAGAAUUGAUUACAAAAUGCUGCUGUGUCUAUAAAUUACUCAGUGACUUACAACCAAAAUACAUCUCUGAACUACUAGAAGAACAUAAACCUAGCAGGCCUCUCAGACCACUCAGACUGAGAAUGCAGACAACUAGAACCAAGCAGCGAGGCAGAACAGAGUUCUACUGCUGCCCAAAGCUGGAACCAGCUGCCAGAUGAACUCGGAUAGAUCCCAAAUCUGACCAGUUAUUCUUUCCCAUGCCUUAGCACUUUGCACUUCUCCUUGAUUUUGUAUAUACAGUUGUAUGCAAGAUUUUGA